AGAGAGACAGGAGUCCAUAUGAGACACGACGACCAGUUUUACUCACUUUUUUGUCUACUUUCAAGUUUAUCGACGCGUCCAUUUCAAAUGUCUUUAACAGGAAAGAGGUGUGUUUGUCGGCGCGGGUCGGUUAUGGGUGUCGCGAGGCUGUAAGACUCUCAUUAAGGACGCGAGGCGCUCAGUCCAAACACACCGCACCAUUUUGGCUCGGGAAAAAAAAAAAACACCCCACAAAACAGACGGAUUCCCAACGCUUGAGUGACUGUGACUCGUUUUUGAAACGGAGUCUCGCCCGUAAGCGAGUGUACGAGGGGAAACGUGUCCGUGUUGUAUAUCCUGUCUGGAGAAUUAAACACGAACUUGUGUUUAAGGAGGAAAACACUGAGCAGUGCGUGAAACUGGACGAGCUGUGGAUUAACGCCGAUUUAUCCUGCGACACACAGAAGCUGGGUCAAUAAUUAAUCCAGGGGGGAAGAAACCGUCUGUAUCUCUAAUAAUCAAAACGAACUUGUGUGAGAGCGGUAAGAUCGGCGUGUUUUUGACCAGUAGUGGAGAUAGUAACUGGAAUUUCACAGGCCUGAUUAAACACAUGUCAGAUUUCUCUGGGUUCAAACCAGCAUCUGGAUUUUUCUAUUUGUUUUUGAAAAGGAUGUCCACGUAACCUGCUAAAAUGAAGAUCUGCAUCCAUUUGCCUUUUUGCAAGAACAUGAGCUCACAUCGUUUGAUCGCAGUGUGUGGUGUAGUCCAGAGGCAAAGCGCGGAAUAAGUUCAGACUCUGGAAGUGAAAGAAAACUGAAGCACCACGUUGGGCUUGUGGUCCGUGUUUGGGCCGCUUUGCCUCAACUUUUCCCAACUUUUCCCAGGACUUAUUUGGUUGUUUUAAUUUUUUUUUGCUUUAUUCUACAUCAUAGUGGAUUUGCUGUAAAGCUUUGAAGGCAUUACAAAUCGCAUUUUUUGUUUCCUCCAAGAAAAGUCAAAACAAAACGAAAAAGAGAAACACGUUUGAAGGCACAAUGCGACCGGACUCGUUACUGGCUGUUCUCCUCACUUUUAUCAGCCUUUUGUGUCAUUCUGGACCUUUAAAUGCUGAAAUCUGCUCCAGCAAAGACAUCCGGAACGACGUGACCAACCUGCGCUUGCUGGAGAACUGCACAGUGAUCGAGGGCCACCUGAAGAUCCUGCUCAUGUUCAAGACCAGAGCUGAGGACUUCCGUGGCCUGAGCUUCCCCAAACUAGUGAUGAUCACCGACUACCUGCUGCUGUUCCGCGUCUACGGCCUGGAGAGCCUGAGGGAUCUGUUUCCCAACCUCGCUGUCAUCCGUGGCAACAACCUGUUCUUCAACUACGCCUUGGUGAUCUUUGAGAUGUUGCAGCUGAAAGAGGUGGGGCUUCACGGUCUGAUGAACAUAACACGCGGAGCCGUGCGCAUGGAGAAGAACCCCGACCUUUGCUACCUCUCCACCCUCGACUGGUCCAAAAUCCUUGACUCGGCUGAGGACAACUACAUCGUGGCGAACAAAAACGAGCGCGAGUGCGGUGACAUCUGUCCUGGAACCAUCACCGGAAAGAUCACGUGUGUCCAGACCACCAUCAACGGCCAUUUUGGAGAACGCUGCUGGAACCAAGACCACUGCCAGAGAAUUUGUCCUUCUGCGUGUAAACAUCCCAGCUGCACCUCAUCCAAUCAGUGUUGCCAUGAUCAGUGUCUGGGCGGGUGCUCGGAAGUGGGCAGUGCCAGGGCGUGUGUGGCAUGUCGUCACUUCCUGCAUGAAGACACGUGCGUGGAACGAUGUCCUCCCGGUUACUACACCUUUAAAGGGUGGCGCUGCGUCUCCUUCCAGUUCUGUCAGGAACUUCAUAACCACUGCAAACAGACGAAGAGCAAAGACUGUCACCAGUAUGUCAUCCACGACGGAGCAUGUAUCCCAGAAUGCCCGUCAGGGUACACCAUCAUGGACUCCACGUUAAACUGUACUCUGUGCGCUGGUCUCUGUCCUAAGCUGUGUACCGGAGUGCAGACGAUAGACUCGGUGACUGCAGCUCAGGCUUUGCGUGGUUGCACCGUCCUCAACGGCAGCCUCAUCAUAAAGAUCCGCGGUGGCAAUAACAUAGCGGCAGAACUGGAGGCCAACCUGGGUCAGCUGGAAGAGAUCACUGGCAACCUGACCAUCCGCAGGGCUUACGCUCUUGUCUCGCUGUCCUUCCUCCGGAAACUCCGCCUCAUCCGCGGAGAGGCUCUGGAAAGCGGGAACUACUCGUUUUACGCACUGGAUAAUCAGAACUUACGUCAGCUCUGGGACUGGUCCAAACACAACCUGACCAUCCAGCAUGGCCGCGUGUUCUUCCACUACAACCCCAAACUCUGCCUGUCUGAGAUCCACAAGAUGGAGGAAGUGACGGGGACCAAAGCACGACAAGUCAAGAACGAUAUCGGACCUCGCACCAACGGGGAUCAGGCCUCCUGUGAAAACCAGCUUCUGAAUUUUACCAUCAUUCGCACGAUGGCUAAACAUAUAUUGAUCACGUGGGAGCCAUUUUGGCCUCGUGACUUCAGAGACCUGCUGGGCUUCAUGGUGCUUUAUAAAGAAGCUCCGUAUCAGAACGUGACUGAGUACGAUGGACAGGAUGCUUGUGGUUCUAACAGUUGGGUGAUCACGGACGUGGAGCCGCCGGAGAGGACGUCAGAAUUGAAGCGCGACCCUGGCUGUCUCCUGACGCAGCUGAAGCCAUGGACGCAGUAUGCCAUCAUGGUGAAAACGCAGCUGUCUGUCUCUGACGAUCAGCAGGUCCAAGGAGCCAAGAGCAAAAUCAUCUAUGUCCGCACCAACGCCAGCCGACCCUCUGUGCCUCUGGACCCCAUCUCCAUCUCUAACACUUCGUCUUCGAUCAUUCUGAAGUGGAAACCUCCCACGGAGCCUAACGGGAACAUAACACACUACCGCGUGUCCUACCAGAAACAAGGGGAGGACAGCGAGCUCUACAAGUAUGACUACUGCCAGAAAGGAAUGAAGCUGCCGUCACGUGCCCCCACAAACCCCAGCCCAGAAGUCAGUCUGAAGUGGAAUCAGACCGAGGAUCAGAAUCAGAACGUGAAGUGUUGCAGCUGCCCCAAAACCGAGACACAGCUGAAGAAGGAAGCUGAGGAGCGCGAGUUCCGCAAGACCUUCGAGAACUACAUCCACAACGAGGUCUUCGAACCCAAAUCGCACCGUCGUCGCCGCUCAGUGGGAGUGGCUAACUCUACUCUCACUUCCAUCUUGACCCCACCUCCUCAUCUGGCCAACGGCUCCUCCCCUACUCCAACGCCAGAGGAGAAGUUGGUGUUGAAGGUUGUCGGUAAAGAAUCGAUAGUCAUCUCGAACCUGCAUCACUUCACCAGCUAUCAGAUCGAGAUCCAGGCGUGUAACCACCCAGAGGACCUGGAUUACUGCAGCGUCGCUACCUUCGUCUCUGCCCGCACCAUGCCUGAGGACAAAGCGGACAACAUUUUGGGCCGUGUGGUUCCUGAGAUCCUCCCUGAAGAACCCGAGUUUGUGUACAUCAAAUGGCAAGAGCCCAAAUCCCCAAACGGCAUGAUCAUCCUGUAUGAGGUCAACUACCAUCGGCUGUCUGAUAAUGAGGAGCUGCAUCACUGUGUAUCGAGGAUCAGUUAUGAGAAGAACGGAGGUUGUAAACUGAGAGUUGGACAUCCUGGGAAUUACAGCGUGCGAAUCCGAGCCACUUCGCUGAAGGGAAACGGAUCGUGGACCGAGCCAGUUCACUUCUACGUGCCGGACAACUACAUGAAUGUGAAGAUCAUCAUUGGCCCCGUGAUUCUACUCAUCAUCUCAAUCUUUGUUGGAAGCGCUGUCUGUUUUGUACUUAGGAAGAAGCAAACUGAAGGACCCACGGGCCCCUUAAUCGCCUCCUCAAACCCAGAGUACAUCAGCGCAAACGAUGUGUACAUUCCUGAUGACUGGGAGGUGGCACGUGAGAAGAUCACACUCCUGCGCGAGCUUGGUCAGGGCUCCUUCGGCAUGGUGUACGAGGGCAUCGCUAAAGAUAUCGUCAAAGGAGAAUCGGAGACUCGAGUGGCCGUCAAAACUGUUAACGAAUCUGCGAGUCUGCGCGAGAGGAUCGAAUUCCUCAACGAAGCCUCGGUCAUGAAGGCGUUCAGCUGCCACCAUGUGGUGCGUCUGCUGGGUGUUGUAUCAAAAGGACAGCCAACGUUGGUGGUGAUGGAACUGAUGACACACGGAGAUUUGAAGAGUUACCUGCGCUGCCUCAGACCUGAUGCUGAGAAUAAUCCCGGCCGUUGUCCUCCCACGCUCAGCGACAUGAUCCAGAUGGCUGCAGAGAUCGCAGACGGCAUGGCCUACCUCAACGCAAAGAAGUUUGUGCACAGAGACCUCGCCGCUCGCAACUGCAUGGUGGCUGAGGACCUCACUGUGAAGAUAGGAGAUUUCGGAAUGACCCGGGACAUUUACGAGACGGAUUAUUAUCGUAAAGGAGGGAAAGGCCUGUUGCCUGUCAGAUGGAUGGCUCCGGAAUCCCUGAAGGACGGAGUGUUCACUGCUCACUCAGACUGCUGGUCAUUCGGCGUGGUCCUAUGGGAGAUCAGUACGUUAGCCGAGCAGCCGUAUCAGGGCCUCUCCAAUGAGCAGGUGCUCAAAUUCGUCAUGGAUGGAGGAUAUCUGGAUCGGCCGGAGAACUGUGCUGAGAGGAUGCACAACCUGAUGCAGAUGUGCUGGCAGUACAACCCGAAGAUGCGACCCACCUUCACUGAGAUCAUUGAGAUGCUGAAGGAUGACCUCCAUCCGUCGUUCCAGGAGCUCUCAUUCUUCUAUAGCGAGGAGAACAAACCUCCUGAAACCGAGGAGUUCGACAUGGACUUUGAGAACAUGGAGAGCAUCCCGCUGGACCCAUCGUCAUACAACCAGAGGGAGGAAGGGAGCUUCAGCCGAGACAGUGGCCCCUACGACGAGCACGUGCCCUACACGCACAUGAACGGGGGCAAGAAAAAUGGCAGAAUCCUCGCGCUGCCUCGCUCCAGCCCUUCAUAACGUUUCCUCAUCGCGCUGCUCAGUUUUUCUUUACCUGUUUGUUUUUCUUAGUUUUUAAUUGUAAUAUUUUUUCAGAGGCCCUUAAAAACAGAUCUCAGGUCUUUUUUUUUUUUCUUUUUUUGGACUUCUUCCUGCUGUGGCGACAUGGUUGCAAAACAUCUUUUCUCCAGAUUCAUUCACGCAAUUCGCUUACGUCGCCUUUCAUUUUGCCAAGUUUCCUGGUCGAUGGAGAAAUAAUAAAAAAAAACUGUGAAUAUGAACUUCUGAAAACCAGAAAGCUGCUUCAGCUAAACCUCUUUCCCCACUUAUUUUAUCUUGCUUUUUGUUUUCUUUUUUAAAUAAUUUUCUGAUUUUCAGAUUGUGGCCUUUAUUGAGUGGCCUACAAAACAAAAAGAAUAUCCAUUUCUUCGGAACAAUGACUUUAAAGACUGUAUCGGAGGACUUAUGAACGAGGGAUGACACGGACUAUUCUAAGAACAAACAUCGUCUUUGCGCUAAGGAGGAUUUUUACUUCUGGAGGAUCCUUGAUCCUUUUCGCCGAUCCACUCGGGUGUUUGGUGAAUGCGUUUUUAAUUUAUUGGCUUUUUCUUCCUCCUCUUUCUUAGUUUUUGCUCGUAUCCUUUUUUUUUUAUGACUGAAGGAUAUUUAAAACAGUUAAGGAUUGGACAGGGGCGUUUCCUCAAGACUGACCAAAAAGCUGCUGCUUUGAUAUCUAAUGGGUAUAAAUAUAUAAUAUAUACGAUAUAUAGAAUAUUGAUGGAAUGUCAAUAUUAUAUAUAUAUAUAUAUAUAUAUAUAUAUAUAUAUAUAUAUAUAUAUAUAUAGAGGCAACAUUGAAAAUUUUGUACAUAGUUCAGUUUUUUUUAUGUCUUCAACAGAUAUCAUAUUUUUCAAGAAUGAGUCUUUUUAUUUAAAACAGUCACUCACCCAGUCAACAGAAUCUCACACUACUCAACACUCACACAGGAAAAUACCUGUAAUUAGUAACAUAAAAUGUAGGGGGCGCUAAUUAAAGCUUGAUAGACAGUGAGACCUCAGAUUGUAAAAAAUGUAACCCGCUUUUCACCAAUAUCUGUUUGUGUUAUUGGUUUAUUUUAAUCUCGCUGUGUUUUAGGGUUUAGCUUAAUAUUCUGUUUAUGGCAGAAAGUAACUUCAGGGUUUUAAAUAGACUUACAAAAAGUCUCUGAUAGAGACAAUGUUGUGUUGAAUAUUCUAAAAAAAAAAAACAAAAAAAAAAACCUGCAACAAGAUGGCAGAAUCGUAAGAGCACUACAUCCAAAAUCGCUCAAUAGUCCACCACCCGAGUACAUAAUGCUUUAGAAAGCAUUGCUAACUAGCGAAACAUUUAGCAGCUGAGCUACUAGCCACUGUGACAACAGCCACGCCCACAUAAUAGUAUCAACACAUGUUACAUCAUUGUGUAUUAUCUUCACUUUAUCCAUACGUCAACUUAUUACCUCAGACAAAAAAUUUUUCAUGUUUAGGUGUCAAACAUAGGUACUAAAUAGUAAUAAUAAGGCUAGGCGAUGUGGUACCGUUCUCUGAGGACUGUGUGGUGGUCAUGAGGCUGGAUAUUAAAGCAUGAGGUUUGAUUAAAUCAUUCAGCAGACAUCAAGACAUUCCAGUGAGCUUCCCAGAUUUCUCCAUUUAACCAAGAUGUCACAUAGCGUGUGGUGGGGAAAAAUGUUGAGGUUGUUUUGGUUUGUCCUUCUUGUGCAGAAAUAAAGGAUGUAUGGAGGACAUUAGAAGAAGUGAUGUCACCUCACCAUGUUCCAGCUGACAGGGAAUAUCAGACAAAAUUUAUCCCAAACUUUGGACAAAGACUAGAUGCAUGAGGAAAGACUGCUUUUUCUUUUACGUCACCGGAUGUUGUAAAGCUAUGUUCAUAAGAUUUUCGAAAUGCGUUUGUAUAGUUUGUGUUGGUGGACGUGUCUUUAUUUGUGCUGGUUAAGUAGGUGAUGCAGGAUUGAUGCGUGUAAAGGAAUGGCUAACAUAGUAGAUGAUAAAUGGAACCCAACAGGAUAUAAAACUGUGAUUGAGCAUUACUGUUUGUUCUGUAAAUUCCAUAAAUGCUAACAUGGCUAAGAGAAACUAGUAGAGUAUCCAGAAGUUAGAUUGACUUUUGGCUUUUGUGCCCUUCUAACUUCCACAAAUGUGACUAAUGUGGUUAACAAAUUAGCAGAGUAUUAUACACUGAUGUAAGAAUUACUGAACUUGUAACCUGCAGAAAUGCUAAAAUAUGCUAAGAGAAACUAGUGGAGUAUUAAACUCCAGAUGUUCGCUUUGUUAAAUACUACCAUAACUAACAAUUAGCAGAGUACUACACUCUGUAGUCAGAAUUAACGUUACUAUUGAUGAUCAUCAACGUGUACAUUUUUUAAAAUGUUAGCAAACCGAUGCUAGCGAAGCAUUAAAGCCAGGUAGCAUUAUUGUUUGAAAUGAACGCCUUUCUGUCUUGUAGAAACGAUAAGGGAAGUGAGCAGACCAUAAAACCCAAAGUCAGAAUUAGCAUUACAUUUGGUACUCAUGAAAUACUAACUUCCAGGAUUGCUAAUGUGGCUAACAGACGCUAGCAAAGCAUUAAACCCUGAAGUUAGCAUUGUCGUUGGCUUCCAUUAACUUUCGCAAACGCUAUGCUUAGCCGAGGCGUUAAGAAUGCAGAUUUUCUGGUAUUUUCUGAUAUUUCUAACCUUCUAACAUAAUGAAAUAUGUUCGUAACAAAUCAUAGAAAUUCUUCGCCUCUUUCUAGAGAUUAUUAUCACGAAGGUGUGUGGAAUUUUCUUAAACAAGAUGACAUAUCUGAUGUUUGACAUAUUUAUUUUUAUUACAUCUAACCCAGGGUACAUCUUGGUUCGGAAAAAUAGCGACGCAGGUAUUAUGGCUGAACAGUCAGACUCGGUUUAGUAAUGCUAGGUUGAGAAAUGAUUCUAUUUUUAAUAGUUUGGACACAAUCUACCUCAGUGAUUUACAGAAUAUAGUCAAGCGGAGGAUGUUUUUCUCUCUCUUUCUCUCUACAAUGCCUAUUAUUCAGCUAACGACAUUAAAGGUGAAGUUCGAUGAUAGUCCACAACUAGAGUUCCUAACUUUUGUUAGUAAGAUUAAUUUAUCUGUUUGGGGUUUGUUUUUGUUUUUUUGCUUGUUUUUUUGUUUUUUUCAGGGGGAAAGAUUGUUUGAACUGAUCACAUCACAAUAUAUUGCAUAGAUAAAGCCACUGAAACGGGACCUAAUUGAAAUGUAAAAACUUAUAUCCCCACCAGGAUACGUCAAAGUUCAUCUUAAAUCAUUCUGUGAUUGUUUACGUUCGGUAUUUAAAAUAACUUGUUAUUGUACGACAGGGUCUCUAGAGAGUACACUUUAGAUUGAGCGCCCCCUUUUGAAGUUAGUCUGUAGUGUGUCUGUGGUUACCACUGAUAAUCAUUUCAAUAUGUUUUUCUGCACUGAAUAAAGAACAGAAAAUGACUUUACUCCAAACUCACUCAUAAUGGAAGUCUAGGUUAGUAACGAAGGCUAACUGCACUAGUUACGCACACUCAGCAGGGACACCAACAAUCUCUGCUACUUCCUUCUUGAUUACAUUUUUUUUUGGUAAUGUCUCUAUACAUGUUUAAUGUGGGGCUGUAUGACAGGAUUAGAUGAAUCCACGGUGAUCAUUUUUAAUCAGGGAAAAUGGGAACUAAUCGCAUGUAGGAGCUAAAGUUGUGAGAGAGGAACUGAAUAAACAUCGGACCACCCGUUCCAUACGAUCGGUCUGAGGAAUCAUUCGAGCCAAGUGAUUUCUCACUUUACAGCAUCAUGCCCAACUUACAAAGAAUCGAGUCUCAAUUCAAAUC